GCAUUAAUAAUGGUACUACUUUGGGACUUUGGGCUAUGGAUACGAGUGACCAAAUGCUUUGUAUGAUCAGCUUAGUGCAUCCCUCUUUUUUAGAACACUGAAUUUCUUCUGUAUAGUUCUCAUACAGAUGGCUUCCAAUAACUGUAAGCAGGUUGGCAAUGUUCGCAAAGAUCUAUUCCUCGCGUACAAGACUCUGGGUGUGGUCUUUGGUGGCCUCGUUACUUCUCCGCUCUAUGUUUUUUCCACAAUGCAUAUGUCAUCACCCACAGAAGCUGACUUUCUGGGAAUAUACAGCAUAAUGUUUUGGACUCUUACUUUAAUUGGUGUGGUCAAGUAUGUAGGCAUAGCUCUCAACGCUGAUGAUCACGGUGAAGGUGGUACAUUUGCCAUGUAUUCUCUGUUGUGUAGGCAUGCCAAUAUGGGCAUCCUUCCUUCCAAGAGAGUGUAUUCAGCAGAAGAACAGCUGCUUCACAAUCAGUCAAAAUCAGCUAAAACGCCUAGUAAUCUGGGCAAGUUCUUUGAAAGAAGCUUAACUGCAAGAAGGGUAUUGUUAUUCAUGUCAAUUCUUGGGAUGUGCAUGCUCAUUGGAGAUGGCGUCCUAACUCCUGCUAUUUCAGUGUUAUCAGCAAUCCAGGGACUGCGCGCGCCAUUUCCUGCUGUCACUCAACCGGUCGUGGCAUUUCUAUCUGCGGCAAUUCUUAUUGGCUUAUUCUUAGUGCAAAAGUAUGGGACUUCAAAAGUGAGCUUUCUGUUUUCUCCAAUCAUGGUAGCAUGGACUUUCACCACUCCGAUGGUUGGAAUAUACAGCAUUUUUCGUUACUACCCUGGCAUAUUCAAAGCCAUUUCGCCACAUUAUAUUGUUCAUUUCUUCCUGAAGAAUAAAAAGGAAGGCUGGCAGAUGCUUGGUGCGACUGUUCUAGCCAUCACAGGUGCGGAAGCUAUGUUCGCCGAUCUUGGCCACUUCAGCAAAAAGGCUAUUCAGAUAGCAUUUCUAUCCAGCGUAUAUCCUUCUCUGAUCCUCACUUAUGCCGGGCAAACAGCAUGCCUUAUUAACCAUCUCAAAGACACCGACCAAGAGAACAUUGGCAAAGUCUUCGAUGAUGCAUUCUACAAAUUUAUCCCUCGCCCUGUUUACUGGCCGAUGUUCGUCAUCGCAACACUCGCUGCCAUUGUUGCAAGCCAAUCCUUAAUCUCGGCAACAUUUUCUGUCAUCAAGCAAUCAGUUGUCCUGGACUACUUCCCACGUGUCAAAGUGGUGCACACAUCGGAUGAAAAUGAAGGGGAGGUUUACUCACCGGAAACUAAUUACAUUCUGAUGGUGCUGUGCGUUGGUGUUAUACUAGGCUUUGGAGGUGGACAAGCGAUAGGGAAUGCUUUUGGCCUUGUUGUGAUCAUGGUCAUGCUCAUAACCUCAAUCAUGCUGACUCUUGUGAUGAUCAUCAUAUGGAGAACGCCGCCUGUUCUCGUCGCGACAUACUUCGUCCCGUUCGUCAUCAUGGAAGGGUCCUAUGUCAGUGCCGUCUUCACCAAGUUCACCGAAGGAGGCUGGCUACCCUUCGCCAUCUCCAUGAUCCUCGCACUGAUCAUGUUCGUCUGGUACUACGGCAGACAAAAGAAAACAGAGUACGAAAGGGCGAACAAGAUAUCGGCGGAGCGCCUCGGCGAGCUCUUGGCAAAGCCGGAGGUCCAGAGGGUCCAGGGCCUGUGCUUCUUCUACAGCAACAUACAGGACGGGCUGACCCCCAUACUCGGCCACUACAUCAGCAACAUGAGCUCGCUGCAUUCGGUCACCAUCUUCGUGACUCUGAGGUACCUGCUGGUUCCCAAGGUUGAUCCGCAGCAGAGGAUCGCGGUCAGGAGGCUCGGGCCGAGAGGGGUGUACCAGUGCACUGUCCAGUACGGCUACGCCGACAACCUGAGCCUCAAGGGGGGCGAGGACCUCGCCGCGCACGUCGUGAGCUGCCUGAGGCAGCACGUCCAGGCCAGCGCCGACGGGCAGUCGUCCCCCGUCUCCGCCGAGGAGGAGGCGGCGGACCUGGAGGCGGCGCGGGCGGCCGGGGUGGUGCACGUCCGGGGCAAGAUGAGGCUCUACGUGGGCGACGACGCCGGCUGGUUCGACAAGCUGAUGCUCCGGUUCUACGAGUUCCUGCACAGCAUCUGCAGGUCGGCGCUGCCGGCCCUCGGGGUGCCCCUGCAGCAGCGCGUCGAGAUCGGCAUGCUCUACAAGGUUUGAUUGUUGCUCAUGGAAGUAGGCCUCCAAGGCGUGAAACGCAUGGGAGGGCACAUGCAUGUUGCGUACGUGACUGUGGUAGUCAUUCUUAGCUUAUAGUCGUCGUCUCCGCUGGGACUUUAUCCUGUGUUCUAGGAGUAAUAAAUCUGCAUGUUCGUUCGUUUCGUGGUAUGGAAGACUGUUUCUUUUACUGGUACGAAUCAUUGUCUCUUUCCCUA